AGUAAUCACAUGUUCUUCCUCCUCAUGCACAUAACGACAGAAUUCACAGUUGAAACUCAGAUAACAGAUAAGAUCAACGAUGAGAGCAGAGCCAAAACUUUUCAAGGUGGAUCCAUGAGAGACCUAUCGUCCUCCUGGACUGUUUUCGCCUGGAGAUCGAAGGAAUGUCGAUGAUACUGGAGCAGGACCUGCGUUGCUCCAUCUGUCAGGACACCUUUAAGAAUCCUGUCGUCUUGCUGUGCAGCCACCACUUCUGUAGAUCCUGCCUGAAUAACUGGUGGGAAGGGAAAAUAUUGCUGGAGUGUCCACUCUGCAAAUCCUGUUCUCCCCCAAGAGACCCUCCUGACAACUUGGCGAUGCGGAUGAUUGUUGAGGCGUUCCAACAAAGAACCUGCAGUCUGCAUGGUGAGGAACUCAAACUCUUCUGUGUGGAGGACAAGCAGCCUUUGUGUCCCGUUUGUCAGCAUUCAGAUGAACACAUUGGACACCAGGUGAAACCUAUUUCUGAAGUCACUGAGGUCCAGAAGAAAGAGCUCAGAAAGACUCUGGAGCCAUUACAGGAGAAGCUGAAGGUCUUCAAAGAGGAGAAAGAAACCUUGGAUCACACAGCUGAACAUGUUAAGCUCCAGGCCAAACACACUGAGGGACGCAUCAGGGUGCAGUUCAGGAAGCUACGUCUGUUUCUCCAAAAGGAAGAAGAAACCAGGAUUGCUGCUCUGAGGUCAGAAGAAAGCAAGAAGACUCGUGAGUUAAGCCUAAAGAUUGAUGCCCUGAGUAAAGAGGUUGAUGCUCUUUCACGCACAAUCAGAGACACAGAAGAAAUGCUAAAAGCUGAAGAUGCCUCGUUGCUGCAGAGCUUCAAGACCGCCGUACAAAACAUCCGACAGCGCACCCUGCUGGAUAACCCAAAGCCUGUCUCAGGAGCUCUGAUAGAUGUGGCCAAACACCUGGGCAACCUGGGCUUCAACAUCUGGAACAAGAUGAAACAUCUGGUGUCCUACACUCCUGUGGUUCUUGAUCCAAACACAGCAAACUCUGAGCUCAUCCUCUCUGAGGAUCUGACGAGUGUGAGAUGUGGGCAGAAAAAGGGCGUUCCGGACAACCCGGAGAGGUUUGACUUCUUCCGCAUCGUCCUGGGCUCUGAGGCCUUCAUGUCAGGAACCUACAGCUGGGAUGUUGAGGUUGGAGACAACACAGACUGGUUUGUGGGCGUCGCUUCGCAGGGCGUGCAAAGGAAAGGAAAGCAUCCAAGCCGUUUAUGGAGAAUCGGGUGCAUUGAUGGUAAAUACAUUGCCCGCUCCAUGUCCGAUCCAUCCACUGAUCUAUCACCCAUCAGAAAGCUGAAGAGGAUCAGAGUCCUACUGGACUGGAACAGAGGGAAGCUGCUGUUCUUCGACCUCGACACCGACACACACAUUCACACCUUCUCACAUACAUUUACUGAGAAACUGUUCCCAUAUUUCAACACUGUGAAUGAAUCCCCUCUCAUUAUACUGCCGGAGAACCUCCGCGUAAAGCCGAAUUAAAACAGACAGCGGUGCCGACGGAAAAGAAUGUCGUGCAUCUGCACACUUCCUGUUAACAAAAGAUAUAUAAGCCACCAUAUAAAUCAUGCUCUGUUUCUGGAGAACCAGAGCAUAAACAAAUGUGCAGAUUU